ACAUUGUGGAAAGAAUCAGGUGGAAUCAAGAAAGAACUUGUGAGAUUUUCGUUGAUCUCUCAGAGAAUGAUUGGUGGAUCUUGAUGAAAAAAACCAGGCAUUCCACAGGUCUAACUACGGUUUCACCCUGUACGCCUUUUAUUUUGAAAUGCAGCCGGAUAAGGCGCAGUUGAUUUCUCCACCUUGACACCGGUCCCAGCAGCAGACUGUCAGUGUCAGUCCGCUCCACUCCCACUUUGCCCCAGGCGGGGAGCUAUGUGACAGUGUGUCCGCGUCCCGGUCUCCCCCAGUCCGCUAAGGAUGGACCAGCGGAGCGCUGAACCGGACCCAGGCACCGGGAGCAGCCCGUUCACGCUUUACGGGGAAUUCACGGCCAUCGGUACCCGUAAAGUCAGGUGUGCCGUGAACCUGACCGAGAGGGACCUCAUCAUUGAGAGGCUCCCGUCGGCACCUGUCGGGCGGAACAAGGUGGUGCUCAGCCUGAAGGACUGCGUCGGCUGCCGGGCUUACCGGGAGGGGGGCGGCGGGGACCCGGCCGCGUACCUGUCAGUUUACUUCUACCCGCUGAAGCGGCGCUGGCUGAGCUCCGGGGAGUCGCGGGCGAGAGCGGAGCACCGCUUCCGGCUCACCGCGCUCCAGGACCCCGCUGCUAACCUGGAGGAGGCGGAGAAGUGGGCUUGCGCCGUCCGAGAGCGCUCAGGACGGCAACAGUAUCUAAGAGACGGGUUGGUGAUGAGGGAGCUGUCUCAUCCGUGCCGAAUGAUGCUGCUUGUGAAUCCGCAGAGCGGGAAAGGACAAGCGCUCACCAUGUACAACAACCACAUCCAACCAAUGCUCAACGAGGCCGGUGUCCCUCACACUCUGGUCAUAACUGAGCGGCAGAAUCAUGCCCGAGAGCUGGUGAGAGAGGCCGACCUGUCGCAGUGGAACGCUGUAGUCAUCAUGUCAGGAGAUGGACUCCUGUACGAGGUGAUAAAUGGUUUGCUGGAGAGAGCAGACUGGGAGGAGGCCAUUCAGACACCGCUGGGUUUCCUUCCUGGUGGAUCAGGCAACGCCUUGGCUGCAUCCAUACAUCACUACUCAGGAGCCUCCCCAGUCUUCAGUGAGGAGCUCCUGAUCAGCUGUGGCUUCCUGCUCUGUAAAGGACUGCUGUCUCGUAUGGACCUGGUGUCCGUCCAGCUCUCCUCUGGCCCUCGUCUCUUCUCCUUCCUCUCUCUGGCCUGGGGAUUCGUAGCGGACGUGGACAUAGAGAGCGAAAAGUACCGUCACGUUGGUUCUGCCAGGUUCACUGUGGGCACACUGGUGAGGCUGGCUUCUCUCCGCAUCUACAAAGGUAAGCUGGCUUACCUGCCCGCCUCCAAGGACUGCAAUACAGAGGGAGGUUUGAGAAACAACAUGACGAAGCAAUGCAACAAUCAGGCUUCCUCUCUGAGUCCAGCCUCUCUGCUGCACAGUCACUCUAGUGACUCUCCCUGCCAGAACACCCUCCACAACUCCUGCCACUCCAACAACUCCCUCAAAGUGCGGAGGGCGGAGAGCACGCCCCCCAGAAGCGUCACCAAAGGUCUCCCCGGCCCACCUGACUCCCUGCUGCUGCCCUUAGACCAGCCGCUGCCCAGUGACUGGGUGGUGGUCCAGGAGGAAGACUUUGUCCUCAUGCUGGCCAUGUACCAGUCCCACCUGGCAGAGGACCUGAUGGCAGCACCGAACGCCACCUUGGACGACGGCGUCAUCCAUCUAACCUACGUAAAAGCGGGAAUAUCACGCAGUGCUCUGCUGAGGCUCUUCAUAGCUAUGGAGAAGGGCGCACAUCUAACGACUAACUGUCAUCACCUGGUGCACACGGAGGUGCAGGCACUCAGGCUGGAGCCGUAUUCACCCAAAGGAAUAAUAACAGUAGAUGGAGAAGUGGUGGAGUAUGGGCCGGUACAAGCUGAAGUGCAUAGAGGUCUAGCAAGAUUAAUCACUGGAUGAAUGGAAGAAACAAACACCACCAGCUCUUAUCUUUGAUAUUAAAGGCUGAUGAUGUUUGAUAUAUCAUUUUUUACCAUUUCAAAUCAGAAAUGGAAAAAAUGCAGGAGCAAAACGAUGGAUGUAACACUCACUCACUUUUAUCCGCAAAGUUCUCUCUCAGCGGUACACAGAAAACCGGUACAUUGUUUUUUUAAGAAAAUGCUUUGACAUUGGAUGUGAUAUUACAACAAACACCUAUACGUUUUUUUCAAAAAUAAGUUUGAAUUUUACAGCGAACCUAUUUCUCCCAGUCUUCAUCUGUCAAGACCAUAGGCCGUAAAUAAAGAUGGAGGAAGCCUCCACUUAAGUGAAGAAAAAUACUUGACGUGUACCUUGACUUUCUGGAUUGACAGAAUGAAAUCCUUCAAAGGCCCAAUACUUGAAAAGAAAUAGAAAACACUGCACAAUACUGUUACUGUUACAAUACUUUUAUUGUGUAAAGAAAGAGUAAGAUUAUUUCACUAUUUAAUUAAAAUGUUUUAUUUAAUUUUAAACACUUUGGGGUCUCCAUAGCGACAGUUGAGCGUACUGUCGUCACAGACACAAACACGUAUCAUCGUCAUCACGAUGAAGUGUUUCUCCUCCACAGUAAUAAAUCCAGCCAUUUCUUUAUCCUCCAGUUUCUCCUGUUUGGUGAGCGUGAGGUUUCUUCUGUCCGGAAUCUCACAUAUCAACUUGAAUUGCAGCAACAGAGAAGGAUUGAAUUUAUACCUGCAUAGCUCCUCUGCACUGUGAUGGAGACCAUGUUUUUGUGUGUGUGUAGUUAUUGUGAGGUAGUGCAGAUGUCAUCAGGGAGUCGUUACCCUGGUUUGAACUGAGGUGAUCAGGCAUUGUGACUGUUUCUGUGACGAUGGUGCUGCUGAGUCAUGUGGAGGAAGGUGAAAAGAGCAAAUGGCAUCAUAUAUCAUAAAAUAUAACUAUUUAUAUUUUAUUACUUUUAAUUUAUUUCUUCAUAUUAAGACUGUAUGAGAUGGUCUCAGCACCAACUGACACAGGUUCAGAUUUGUUGCCUUAAAAGCUGUGUUCAGGAAGCAUCCUUCGAAGGCUGAACUGAAAUCUUGAAGGAUUUAUUUUUUGCAUCACCAGCUUCUUCCACCCUGACUGUUGCACUGUGAGCAACAUUAAGCUGCUGCAGCUCGACCACCACAAAGCUAUCAUGGUCACUGACGCACAAUGAUUCCUGGGAGGGUUUGGCUCUUUAGUUAGGUGGGAAUGGAAGGAUGUGUUUGAAGGAGUCUUUAAAAUGAUACAGCCUGUACGAGAUCUGGAUUCACAGCUUUAGUCGUGUUAGCUUUGUUCUUGUUUCAUAAACAAACCACAGCGACAGAUCAGAUUUGUAUGUGUCAGACCAACUCUAUAUUUCCAUUUCCUUCUGAGGUCUAAAGUCUCCAGAGUGCUGCACAAACACAGGCGCAGUGAAACAAAUGUGACCAGUGAAAUGGGUCAGAUCAUCAUCAAAAUACCUUUGACCACCUCACUGGAGAUUGGGACAGACGUCUCACAGCCAGAUAUCAAAGCUGCUUGAAUGAAACCAAAACUAUAUGACUUGAUAACUCAAGAGGAAAAAGAAAGAAGUGGGUGAAGUGACCCUGUAAUUCAGCUUCUCAUUGUAAUCACAUGGUUCAGUUUUACACCAGCAACAACUUCAUGGGCACGAAUGUAAGAAAUCACUGAAGUGAAGUCGACACAAACAAGAAAGUGAUGCUCUGAACGAGGACGAGCUGAACGUCACUGACUGAUGAUGUGAUCGUGAUCAGGUGGCGGCAGCUCUGGUCCUGGUCUGGUGAAUGAUUACUGCCUUGACGUGCUCCUCCCUCCAUACCACUCUUCUUCUUAUUCUUCCUCUGCUGCUUUCCUCCAUCCAUCAUCCGUCUCUCAUCUGCUGCUUUAAGAGCACUGCAGUGCUCUGCAGAGCAGUCGCACCACCCCGGUGUGUUUCUGUCUGUCCCCGGCUGCUGUUCAGACACACAAACACACAGAGGCUCUCCCUUCGUUGAUGAUCAUCACCAAGGUGUCCUUAACAUUGAGCUUUACACAUGGAGGAACUGAUGACUACGAUUUAAAAGCAAAGACAGAUUUUUACAUGAAAUCAUUUAGGAGCUUGAAGAAAAGAGGAGAACCAAGGGAUUCACACUGUAGCAGCACCUGUACCAUUAGGGAAUCUGACGUAAAAUAAUCAUUUCUUGAUGGAAAUGAUCGCUGUGACUUUCCAUGUGCACAGUUAGAGAGGAGAAGCCUAAACGACUGCAGUAAAAAUGCAAAGAUUUUCAUGUCUCAUGUUUUUAUGCCAUGACUACGUUUGACACUGUUAAGAACAGAAUAAUAAAAAGACCAAAACUUAUUUUCUUCUUUUAAUAUAUUUUCCUUGAUAUGUUUGCACAGUGUAAGUUUGUCACAGGUGCCAACGACACCAAGGUCCUUGAACCGAUUAACUAGUUUAGCUUUAAUCACGUUUACUCAUGACAACAGCCGAGGAUGUGCAAGCAAACGAGAUGGAGACAUUACUUGAAAACAUGCUUGUUACACGUUGCUGUCGUAUUAGAGGACAAAUAUGGUUUGUAGCAAACAAAAGCUGUAAGUUUCUCCUGCUGUGAUUUUUACAUAUGAAAAAAAUAGGACCAUAUUUUUAUUUUUCAUGUAAACCACAGAGUGCUACAGACCAUUUUCAUCACCACCUUUUCUUUUAGUCUGUGCAAAGAUUUCAGUUUGGUCUCUGUUAACUGUUUGAUGUGCCUUGACUGUGAUGCCUCCUGGUGGUUUGAACACAGUGGUGCGCUCACUGAUUCAUCAAGUGCAACCAGCUCAUUAGUUUUCCCACCACCAUUUUUUAAAAACUCUGAGAUGGAGGAGACAAGAGUUGAGUGAAUAGAAAGUGUCUGUCGUCAGGUCAGAUAAUAAUUGCAACUCAUCAGUAAAGUCUGUGCAGACCUUGAAAUCUUGAAAGUGUGGCUUCUGUGUGAUUGACAGUCAGGUCGUCCCACUUUCAUCAAACUAAUAAAAGAUGAGAUGAUGAACGUUGUUCUGCCCAAACACACGAGACGCACUCACUUUGUCUGGCUGUUGAUUUGUUGUUUGUCUUUACCUGCUGCAUUUUGACUGUUGUUGUCGUUUUGUGUUGCAUUUUUAUGGGGAAGGGAAGAAUUGGUUUUUUUCUUGCACA